AACGAACAAUUUCAUCUUCUGCCACUGGAUUGACUGCAGAACAGUGCAACUCUGUGUUGUCAAGUGAAUUUCUUGACUUGUUACAAAAAGAAAAUCGUAGUAUCUUCUCAAGACUAUUUAGGGGAAAGUGAUUCUGUAAACAAUGUAUUUCAGACCAGUGUACUGUUAUUUGAACUCUAGAUGCUGUGAUAUUGCUAGAAGAUACAGUCAAGUAUGCAACACCACUGCAAACAAUGUUCAUCACAUCCCAGUAAUGAAAAAUGAAGUUAUUGACUGCUUCCAACCAAAGGAAAACCAGUUGUACAUAGACAUGACUUUUGGUGCUGGAGGACAUGCUGAACAACUGCUUAACUGUGCUCCCAACUUGAGAGUAUUUGCAUUGGAUAGAGAUCCAGUAGCCUUUGAGAUGGCAAAAAACUUGUCCAUUAAGUAUCCCGAUCAGUUGGUACCUUUAUUGGGAAAAUUUAGUGAACUUCCAAAACUUCUUAAGAGACAUGGAAUACAACGAAACAUGGUUGAUGGGAUUUUAUUUGACCUAGGUUGCUCCUCAAUGCAGUUUGAUACUGCCGAAAGGGGUUUCUCAAUAAGUAAGGAUGGUCCACUAGACAUGAGAAUGGAUGGCACUCGUUUUCCUUCCUCCCCUACGGCUGCAGAUGUUUUAGCUCAGAUCGAUGAACCUGAUUUAGCAAAGGUAUUGAAGAUCUACGGAGAAGAGAAGCAAGCUAAGAAGAUAGCAAGAGCUGUUAUAGAGUCUCGGUAUCAGUUUGUUAGACUGAAGACAACAAAAGACUUGAGUGAUCUUGUGGCAUCUGUGUGCAAUGAAGAACAUAGACUUGAUAAACUUCAAAGGCCUUCCCAUGCAGCUACAAAAACGUUCCAGGCUUUAAGGAUAUUUGUAAAUAAUGAAAUCAAUGAGUUAAAUUAUAGUUUAAUUUUGGCUCACAGGUUCUUGAAAGUUGGAGGUAAAAUUGUAACACUUUCAUUUCAUUCACUGGAAGAUCGUAUUGUAAAGAGGCAUCUCUGUGGCAAUGUUAUAGGAAAUGCUAUAAAUCCUUUACCUCUUAAAUAUACUGAUCACUCUUUGUGGUAUAAUAGAGAUGAUGUUGACAGUUUGUUACAUAGCAAUUGGAAACUUCUUCAUAAGCAUGUUCUAGUACCAGCCACAGAAGAAGUGGAAACUAACCCAAGAAGUCGUUCUGCCAAACUUAGAUGUGCUGUAAAGAUCAGUUAAAGCUAAUUGUGAUGAAAUAGAAACAUGCAAUAAGUCUGUACCCCAUGUGUAAAGGGCAAAAUGUUUAAAACAAUAUUCUGUUUUCAAAUGUGAAAAUAUGUAAAUUAAUGUGUAAUAAAGAGUGUCAUUAUAUAA